UCUCUUGAUUUUCAGUUUAACCUCUGCUCUUUAACUGCAUAUGGGGAGUGUGGUGUAAGAUUUUCAUGUUACCAAUCGUCUUUAGGUUUUUUGGAGUGCGGCAAGAAGUUUGACUCUUCCCGGGACAGAAAUAAGCCUUUCUGCUUCAUCAUUGGAAGAAAGGAGGUGAUCCGUGGCUGGGAGGAAGGCGUUUCACAGAUGAGUGUGGGGCAAAAGGCGCGUCUCAUCUGUAGCCCAGACUAUGCGUAUGGCCCCACAGGACACCCAGGCAUCAUUCCCGCUAACGCCACGCUCAUUUUUGAAGUGGAGCUGCUGCGAAUAGAGUGA